CAGCUGACCCGGCCGCUCUCCCCUCGCUGGCUGCUGCCCCGGCGUGCAGGGCCCGGCCGCCGCCAUGUCGGGCCCGUUCGAGCUCUCGGUGCAGGACCUCAACGAUCUGCUCUCGGACGGCAGUGGCUGCUACAGCCUCCCGAGCCAGCCCUGCAACGAGGUCACCCCGCGGAUCUACGUGGGCAACGCGUCUGUGGCUCAGGAUAUCCCCAAGCUGCAGAAACUGGGCAUCACCCAUGUCCUGAACGCUGCCGAGGGCAGGUCCUUCAUGCACGUCAACACCAACGCCAACUUCUACAAGGACUCCGGCAUCACCUACCUGGGCAUCAAGGCCAACGACACGCAGGAGUUCAACCUCAGCGCCUACUUUGAAAGGGCUGCAGACUUCAUUGACCAGGCCCUGGCUCAAAAGAACGGCCGAGUGCUUGUCCACUGCCGUGAAGGUUACAGCCGCUCCCCAACUCUAGUUAUCGCGUACCUCAUGCUGCGUCAGAAGAUGGAUGUCAAGUCUGCCCUGAGCAUCGUGAGGCAGAACCGUGAGAUUGGCCCCAACGAUGGUUUCCUGGCCCAGCUCUGCCAGCUCAAUGACAGACUAGUCAAGGAGGGGAAAUUGAAACUCUAGGGCACCCACACUGCCUCUCUAGAGGUCGAAUGGGGGAGGCCUUGGUUGAGGUGUCCCAAGCCGCCAUGUUUAGGAAACACAGUGUACCCUGCUCCCAGCAUCACCAGGCACUUGCCCACAAGUCUGUCCCAACACAGCCCUGGGCCACUUUCCCCUCGGAGGGGCCACAUAAAGGAGCUUACUAAGGAGGGCAUUCUUGCUUUCUGGUGUGUCCUGUGCCUGUAAUGUAUGAUGUCCUCUCCCUGAGGUGGGGGUGCAGAGGGGGAAGGCCUGUGACAUGCAUGCUUCUCCUGGAGGACCCAGGGCAGGAGGUCUGUGGAAGUGUAAGGCUCGAGACGCCCACAGGGGCCCCUCCUGACCUCCCCCGCCUCCCACCUUCCACCCCUGGGUCCUCUCCUGAGUGGGGACCACAGCGCCUCGAGCCAUGCAAAGGAACUAUGCAAACACAGGCCCCUCUCUCCCCACCACGUCUGUCCCCCCGUCUCCUCACAGCCGUCCACACUCUGCUCACAGGCAGAGUCACGUCAGGAGGUCUGAAGCUGGGGGUAGCCGUCAGUUGUUAGUGGAUGGAAAUUCCCACAAAGAGCCAGCAUUUUAACUAUUUCUUUAGGAUUAAAGAUAUCUAAAGAAAGAGGCCCUCAGGUGGGCAAACAGAUUCCCCUGGAGGACUCCUAAAUCAAUAGUUUUUAAAAUGCGAGUCUUGGAGGGCUUGAGUUCAGAAUCCACUACUUUGGACUGUUUCCCUUGGACUGCCCUCAGUCACUUGGUUUGUUCGAAGAGCGAUGCCUUGGGCAUGGUUUUAUUUUUCUUUUUUAGAAAACAGGGUGUUGAAGUCCAGCCUAUUUAAAAACCCCACCAUUUGGAGAAUUACAAGGGUUUUGUCCUGAAUUAUAGUGUUGGCGAGCCCGAGCCACUCGUGCUAACUGCUUUUUGUCUCGGUUGCUAUUCCAAGAACAGAAGGAGGAAGUUGGCCAAUUACAGCGCGUGUGUGUGGGUGUGUGUGGGGUGUGUGUCUCUCAGAAACACAGCCAGAGGACAGCCGAGCAGGGAGAUGAACGGCCCCAGGCUCAUAGCCUGCCCACUCACAGGUUGUUCUGAUGGCUCUUUGGUGCCAGAGAAGAUCCUGGAGGCUUGGGAGCAAAAAUGACUCAGCCAGGCAGAAAUGAAACAUGGCGGAGCAUCCAAAUGGAGCCUUUAUUGGUGGUAGAGCAAACAAACAAAAAGAAACCACCUUUUCUAGGACUUUUUUUAGGAUGUUGUCAGAAUGCACGAGCACUCACACUCACGUUUGUGUACGCAUGUUUGUCAGAAUAUGGGAGUUUUGUUUUGAACCCUUUGAACCUUGUUAGGACGUUGCAUGAUUGUCAUCCUGAGAAGUGACAGUGCUGUCGUCUUCAGGUGCACUAAGGCAGAGAGGUGGUCCUCAGCCGUGCCCCCUGUGCCUAGCACAUAGGUGUCUGGUAAAAGUUUGUGGAAUUAAAACUUUUUUUUUUUUUGAGCACCAAAUAUGGGGUGUUGUUCUGGUGGGUGUUUCAAACUCCCAGAAGCCUGAAUUCAUGGUAAGAUCAAGGAUUUGUGAAGAAGUCUUACCUGAGUGAACUCUCAGGGACUUUUGUUGAAUAUUUAUAAUUCAUUGGGGUGGGGAAUGUGCCUUUUUCAGUGUGGACCGGGAGCUUCCAGCCAGGACAAGGAGAAGCAGGUGUGUCCCAGGGCCUCCCUCACAGGUGUUAAUGGUCUUCGUCACAGCGGGGGCAGCGCUGCGCAGCCUGGACGUCCCCUUUUCUCUGUGACCACAGCAUCUGCCUUCUUGCCCAGAUAGACCCACCGAAAUGAAAUGGCCGCCCUCUAAACUGUGUACCUCACUUCACAGUUUUCAGAUAACUUUGCCCCUCAAUCUAACUUGAUACUCACAAUAACCCUGUCAAGUUGGUAGAGCUUAUUCAUGGAUUUACAAAAAAGGAACUGGGCUUCAGAAUCAUUAAGGGUGUGACCCUCAGGGUUGUUGCCUGGCUCGAAGGCAGAGCUGAGGCAAGAUUUCAGGUUUGCGGCUCCCAGAAGCUGAAUUCUUUCUCUUAUACUCCUCAAGAAAUGAGCCCCCGGGAGCGUCCAGGUCCGCUGCACGUGUCUUUGACCAGCCCGUGCACACAAAGGCCAGUCAGCUUUGGACAGAGUACAAAGAUUCAAGCUGUGGUGCCAAGAGGGCCUGGACGAGGGUGGGACGGAGUUGGCACACACCUAUCCCUGCUCCUGGAAAAGGAAGUAGAGAGCGUGGGUUCCUGAUUUUAUUAGAGUAUGUGGCUCUCCUUCCAGAAACGUGUGGCAUGCCUGGGUCGGAGCUUUCUGCCCUGCUUCUGGAAGGGGCUCAUGAGCUGGAGCUGGGGCUCCCCUCCCACGCCCAGGCAGUGGUCACCCCACGGCAGCCACAGCCACUUAGGCAAACCCAGCAGAGUGAUGUGGCUAGUUACCCAGGACCUCUCGAGGGCCUCUCUGUGAGGACGUGAGGAGAAAAGGCCAUUGGGACAAUUACUGCCUUUACUUUGGGGCUACUUUUAUGCUGAUAACUUGAAAUUUCUUCAUCGUCUUUAGUCCCAGAAACCCCAUAUUUACUUCACAAGUUUUAGCUCCUAGUUCUUUAUGUAAAAUAAAAUCAAAUUCUAUUGUGUAAGAGCCAACACAUGCCCAGCUGGGACUGGAAGCUGUUUCUGCACAGCUUUCCACCCCCUGGGAAGUGAUGGGUUAGGAACUCAGGGUGCCCCUUGCCCCCUCCCCUGACCUGAUCCCUUUCUGUGACUAGCAGACCCCCAUCUGGGCAAAAUUAAAGCACCAAAUGGUUUUCUUCUCAGUUCUAAAGCAGCACACCUUCCACAGGCUGGUCUGUUUCCCUGCCGCUCUGAGUUAUCUUGAGAGCAGAAAUCAUCUAGCGAAGGAGGGGACUCAUCCAGGAGACUUCUAAAGCCCUUUUUUGGCUCUGACAGUGUAGGGUUUUCUAAGAAUCCCUCCCUGGAAUUUAACACCACCUGGAAAUUAUAGGGGAUGUAAAAGCAUGGUGACCAGCAGGUGGCGUUGUGUUCCACCCGUGGUGAUGGACGGUUUGUGCCUUCUGUGUCACAAGUUAAUGCUAAUGUCUUAAUCAAAGUAAGCACUGAUCUUAUAAGGAAGAUAUGAGCUUUCCUCACAGGAAAUUUCCUUUGUCACAAAACCAGUGUUACGAAUCACUGGUCCUUCCAAGUCAAGACUUUAUCCUGAUUGAAAAUAGAGGCCAUCUCUGGGUGAGAAAACAGAUUGCUGGGAAGCUUAACUUACCUCCUGUCAGCUUUAGGGUAAUUUGAAAGUGUGAAUUUUCUGGACAGAAAAAGGGAAGAUAUCAAACUGGUUUAAAAAAAUGUAAGUUUGACGUCUGCUGUAUCACAAGUCAGUGUUAAAACACUAAAACUGUAACCAAAAUAAAUGUCUUACAUUACAAA